CAGUCUGAACAUGAUUCCCUCUUUCAGCAGUUGGCAAUCAGUAGACUGUGCACAACGUCAAGAAGCAUCUAACAGUGUUGAGAGAAGAUGGAAGCAAUGAAGGUGUGGCAUGAUAGUCUGAGGGUAACUGUGGUCAUGGGUGAAAAGGCCUGUCACUUCUGUAAUGAAUUUAAUCGAAUGUUGGCAUGUCAAAACACUGAAGUUUCUGAUGCUUUUUGAAAGUAAUUCACCUUCACCUUGCUACAAGAAUGAGGCCAGCUACUACAAAGAUGAAAAUGAACUAAAGACUGUGGACAUGAAGCUUCAGGCACAAGGAGAGCAACAAUAAGUAGUGGAUAAAUGUUGAUUAUCAAACAGAUGAUUGGAGAUGAGGAGCCUUCUUUGUAAGGUCUCUCCUGUAGGAAUCUGUGCUUAAACUGGUUUCUGUUGUAAGUUUACCAAAAGAUUAAGAAGAUGCCUCCAAGACCAUCAUCUGGUGAACUAUGGGGCAUCCAUUUGAUGCCACCAAGGAUCCUUGUAGAGUGUCUUCUACCUAAUGGAAUGAUAGUGACUCUAGAAUGCCUCCGUGAGGCCACACUACUGACUAUCAAGCAUGAACUCUUCAAAGAAGCAAGAAAAUACCCUCUUUAUCAGCUCCUUCAAGAUGAAUCUUCUUACAUUUUCGUAAGUGUUACACAAGAAGCCGAAAGAGAAGAAUUUUUUGAUGAAACACGGCGACUUUGCGACCUGCGGCUCUUUCAGCCUUUUUUAAAAGUCAUUGAACCAGUAGGCAACAGAGAAGAAAAGAUUCUUAAUCGGGAAAUUGGUUUUGCUAUUGGCAUGCCUGUCUGUGAAUUUGAUAUGGUUAAGGAUCCAGAAGUCCAGGACUUCAGAAGAAAUAUUCUUAAUGUUUGUAAAGAAGCAGUGGAUCUUCGAGAUGUGAAUGCACCCCAUAGUAGAGCAUUAUAUGUCUGUCCGCCAAAUGUUGAAUCUUCACCUGAACUGCCCAAGCACAUAUACAGUAAACUAGAUAAAGGGCAAAUAAUAGUGGUGAUAUGGGUAAUAGUGUCCCCGAACAAUGACAAGCAGAAAUAUACCUUAAAAAUCAACCAUGACUGUGUUCCUGAGCAAGUUAUUGCUGAAGCAAUCAGGAAAAAAACACGAAGUAUGUUGCUGUCAUCUGAACAACUAAAACUCUGCGUUUUAGAGUACCAGGGGAAGUAUAUUUUAAAAGUGUGCGGCUGUGAUGAAUACUUGCUAGAAAAAUAUCCUCUGAGCCAGUAUAAGUACAUAAGAAGUUGUAUAAUGCUUGGCCGAAUGCCCAACCUGAUGCUGAUGGCUAAGGAAAGCCUUUAUACCCAGCUGCCACUGGAUACCUUUACAAUGCCAUCUUAUUCCAGGCGGAUCUCUACAGCUACACCAUACAUGAAUGGUGAAGCUUCAGCCAAAUCUCUCUGGGUCAUAAACAGUGCUCUCAGGAUAAGAAUUCUUUGUGCCACCUAUGUAAAUGUAAACAUUCGAGACAUUGACAAGAUCUAUGUCCGAACUGGUAUCUACCAUGGAGGAGAACCAUUAUGUGACAAUGUGAAUACUCAAAGGGUACCUUGUUCCAAUCCCAGAUGGAAUGAAUGGCUGUCAUAUGACAUGUACAUUCCUGAUCUCCCACGUGCUGCUCGGCUUUGCCUUUCCAUCUGCUCUGUUAAGGGCAGAAAGGGUGCUAAGGAGGAACACUGCCCAUUGGCUUGGGGAAAUAUAAACAUGUUUGAUUAUACAGACACUCUUGUGUCUGGGAAAAUGGCUUUGAAUCUGUGGCCUGUGCCUCAUGGGCUGGAAGAUCUGCUAAAUCCUAUUGGCGUUACUGGGUCAAAUCCAAAUAAGGAAACUCCAUGUUUAGAGCUGGAAUUUGAUUGGUUUAGCAGCCCUGUAAAGUUUCCAGACAUGACAGUGACUGAAGAACAUGCCAAUUGGACAAUAUCUCGAGAACUAGGGUUUAACUACAGCCAUGCGGGGCUGAGUAACAGGCUAGCUAGAGAUAAUGAAUUAAGAGAAAGUGACAAAGAGCAACUCCGUGCAAUUUGUACUCGAGACCCUCUGUCUGAAAUUACUGAGCAAGAGAAGGACUUCCUUUGGAGCCACAGACACUAUUGUGUAAAUACCCCAGAAAUUCUACCAAAACUACUUUUGUCUGUUAAAUGGAACUCUAGAGAUGAAGUAGCCCAGAUGUACUGCUUGGUAAAAGACUGGCCUCCAAUCAAGCCAGAACAGGCAAUGGAGCUUUUGGACUGUAAUUACCCUGACCCAAUGGUGCGAGCAUUCGCAGUUCGGUGUCUGGAGAAGUAUUUGACAGAUGACAAACUGUCUCAGUACUUAAUCCAACUAGUACAGGUUCUGAAAUAUGAGCAAUAUUUGGAUAAUCUGCUGGUGAGAUUUUUACUCAAGAAGGCACUGACCAAUCAAAGGAUAGGACACUUUUUCUUUUGGCACUUAAAGUCUGAAAUGCACAAUAAAAAUGUAAGCCAGAGAUUUGGUUUACUUUUGGAGUCCUACUGUCGAGCAUGUGGGAUGUACCUAAAACAUUUGAGCAGGCAGGUGGAGGCUAUGGAGAAACUGAUAAACCUCACAGAUAUUCUCAAGCAGGAGAAGAAGGAUGAGACACAAAAGGUACAGAUGAAGUUUCUUGUUGAACAAAUGAGGCGGCCAGAUUUCAUGGAUGCUUUACAAGGCUUUAUUUCUCCUCUUAACCCUGCUCAUCAGCUGGGAAAUCUCAGGCUUGAGGAGUGCAGGAUUAUGUCCUCUGCAAAAAGGCCACUGUGGUUGAACUGGGAAAACCCAGAUAUUAUGUCUGAACUGUUGUUUCAAAACAAUGAGAUCAUCUUUAAAAAUGGAGAUGAUUUACGCCAGGACAUGCUGACACUUCAGAUCAUUCGAAUUAUGGAAAACAUCUGGCAAAAUCAGGGUCUUGAUCUACGGAUGUUGCCUUAUGGCUGUUUGUCUAUUGGUGAUUGUGUGGGACUUAUUGAGGUGGUGAGAAGCUCUCACACAAUUAUGCAGAUUCAGUGUAAAGGUGGUCUAAAGGGCGCAUUGCAGUUCAACAGCCACACCUUACAUCAGUGGCUCAAGGACAAAAACAAAGGAGAAAUGUAUGAUGCAGCUAUUGAUUUGUUUACACGCUCUUGCGCUGGCUAUUGUGUUGCUACCUUCAUAUUGGGAAUUGGUGAUCGUCACAAUAGUAACAUCAUGGUGAAAGAUGACGGACAACUGUUUCACAUUGAUUUUGGACACUUCCUGGAUCACAAGAAGAAAAAAUUUGGUUACAAACGAGAGCGUGUGCCAUUUGUCUUAACGCAAGAUUUCUUAAUAGUGAUUAGUAAAGGAGCCCAAGAAUGUACCAAAACAAGGGAAUUUGAAAGAUUUCAGGAGAUGUGUUAUAAGGCUUACUUAGCAAUUCGGCAGCAUGCCAAUCUCUUCAUAAAUCUCUUCUCCAUGAUGCUUGGCUCAGGAAUGCCAGAAUUACAGUCUUUUGAUGAUAUUGCAUACAUUCGAAAGACACUUGCACUGGACAAAAGUGAACAAGAAGCUCUAGAAUAUUUCAUGAAGCAGAUGAAUGAUGCUCAUCAUGGUGGCUGGACAACGAAAAUGGACUGGAUCUUCCACACAAUAAAGCAGCAUGCCUUGAACUGAAAUGAAAGUGAAGAAUUUAAAAAACUGAUAGCCCACUUAUGGGUGCUACACUGCACUGUUAAUAUUUGUCAGCAGCAAAGACUGGUUGCAUUGGAAUUGCACAAACCACAGACGGCAUUAGAAUUUACAGCAAGAGCAGAGAUGAAAUAUCCAGACGGUCAAAAAAAAAAGGGGGGUUCGGAUAGCACUAAAACUGUACACUUCAAAAUUAAGCUUUCAUGUGAUGUGCAAUUUCAUAUUAUGCCUUAAACUCAAAAAGGUAAACUUGAAAGAUUGGCAGGGUUUUUUUUGUUUCCUUUUAAUUUGGAUAAUUUGGGAAAAGGAAAAUCAUGCUAUCAUCAAAAAUAGUCCAUCACAUAUUACAGUAGGUCUAGUAUCACUUUAAAGAUUAUGUAGGGUUUCAAAGAGUUGAAAAGGAAGAAAACUUAGUGUUUUCAUGGUUAUUUAAAUAGUAGGUAUAGUGUUGAAACUGAAGGCGUUUUCAGCUCAAAGAUUUAAAAGAUUAAAGUGAGGGGACAGUUCCUUUUAAAUUUAGUCAGAGGCAUAAUAUAUUUUGGUUUUAAUUGAACCUUUGACUUCUGGAUCUGUCAUCUGCGCCAUUUUGAAAGAAGUAGGAAAUAAGCCUACUAUGUAUGGUAUUCUCCUGGACAGUAUUUGUAGGGAUGAAAUUUAUAGCUUCACAAAGAAACUCUGGUCCCCACCAUCCCAAAUGACUGGCUUAGAAAUUGAAUGGGCAGGAUAGGGUUUAGUGCAACAAAACAUUGUAGUGUUCACUUUGGGGUUUGAUUUAAUCUAACUCGAACACAAUAGAUUUUUUUCACACGUUUUCCAGAGCCUAGCGAAGGGUUAGUUAUUAAAAUUAUUGAAAGAUUAUUUUUAUAAAGGCUAUUUAUAUAAUAGGAACUAUUAAUAUAUAUUCUUUAUUUACAUGAUUUGUCCCAUAUUCACUCAUUUAAUUUUGCAACCCAGUUCUCUCUGUCCAAGACUCUCAUUGUCCAUCAUGUGACUGAUGGUGUUCAGCUGUACUCAUAGGACCAAAUUCAACCCUGGUGAAAAAGUAUACAAGUACCACUGAAAUCAGUGGGAGAUAUACCCACUUGUGCCAGAGGUGAACUUGGCCCAAGUCUCUUCAAAGAAUCUCAGGCAAUAUUCUUAACAUUACUUUGGGCUGGUCUGUAAUACCAUGGUAAGUUGACCUACAUUAUGCUACUUUAGUUACGUGAAUAACAUAACUGAAGUUGACAUAGAUUAGGUCGACUUAUCGCGGUG